AUGUCACUUCAUAUGUCUACUGACCAGGAAUAUAUGUCAAACUCCGAUAUUGAUAAUGAGCAAACUCGUCCUUUCUCGACUUACGCCUCCUUUGGAGAUGGAGGGGUCACGGCUACCACAAACUCCUAUGGCCACUUACUGCAGAUUACGAGCCACUUGGGGAAUGAGUCCUCUGGGCUUUUUUGUGUCGACCUCCCCGACAUGCCACCGGCUCAUUUGGUCACUCCUCGUAUGCAGAAGCUACAAGACCGCUUUGGAAGUCCAGAUGCAGGAAUGAAACUUCAUGUCGAGGAUUCCGAGGACUCCAAUGCUAAGUUAUGGAGGGCAGAAACUGCGCCAGAACUGAAGUUUGUUCAUGACCGUUGGCCACGCUUCGAUACUGAAACGCCGAUAUUUAAUCUCAGCGUCCAGUACCUCGUCUUUGAAAGGACUGUGUACCAGAUAUAUAAAUUCAAGCUUCGUCAAGGAAAAAUUCUUCCUUCCAAACUACCACCGCUCGUUUUCAACGCCAAUUUACUGCUUCGAGACCUUACCUUUAUCGCAAGCAGUCAUAAGAAUAAUGGCAACAUGAGAGACGAAAACACCCAAGGCUCUUAUCAUGAAGAGUAUUCCAAUUAUUUAUCACAUAGCAAAGACUGCAUCAUAAGAAGCAGAGUGAUUUAUCGGGCAGGACAUGAGAAUCAUGAUCCGGUAGUUUUAUCUAUAACACCAUUCAUUAAUAAGAACCGUCAACAACUGAGCCCUGGAUCUAAACGAGGAGAUUACCAGAUCAUUCCCGAACCGACAGUUCUAGAAAGUUUGGGGGAAGAUGGAUUAGAGAUUACGCUGGCUUACCGACUGGCGUUCAUUGCUUCUGGAAGGCCAGAGCUCAUGCCGCCUGUCUCUCCUGAAUCCUUCGCCAAUGAACAGGCUAUGCUGGAAACUCCUCUUGAAACCCCUGUUUUUACUCAAGACCAUCGUCUCAACUUGAAAUUGAGACGAAAUUUGGAGCAUAUACUAUCUGUCUGCUGCAUCCCCAUUGCUUGUGAUGCAAAUGCAGUCUCAGAUAACCUUUCCAUCGCCCUCACGUGUGGAGAUCUUUCCGGCCAUAGAAUCUCAACCUCCGCAAGCUUCCCCGGUCUAUUGAAUCAAUCGUUCUUCAAUGCGUCCCUUCAAAUCAUCAAAGUAGCACAAUUUUGCCGAGUGGCUGCGAGAGACGAAGAAACAAAAUUUCUUGCAAACGACAUCCGAAGCAUUGUAAAGGAUUGGGUCAAAGCCCUUCAUGAGAAGGACAAAGGACGCCACUUUGCGUUUCCAAAUCCGCGAAAAGGCAUGGCGCAGUGGGUAUUCAAUCUCUCUGACCAUGCAAUAAUUUGGUGGGCAGCCAAAGCGAUGGAAGAGCUUGGACUUGGCGAAGAACUUCAAGUCACCGAUGCUUCUAGUCUCAACAUAAGCCAACCAGUAACGCUUUAUUCAUCAGAAAAUAUUCAGACCAAAAUUUUGAAGAAAUUCACAAUCCAACCCCCGUUAUUCGAGCAAAGUAUGAUUGCAGUCUCCAGAAGCUGCAGUGAAACAAGAUUCCAAUUUCGGGCCAAAGAUACUGUUCUUUUCUAUGCCAUGGAUCUCGGGCUAUUUGAUCAAUAUGAUUUGACCGAGGACGAAUCCAGCGCCUGGCAAAACAAAGUUGAAGCUUGGACAUCUACAGUGGAUUACCAGAAAGAAAGUGAGAAAGAACAAAACGCAAAUUGGAACUGGGAUCAGCCUCUUUGCAUUGCAUUGGCAUUGAUUUCGUCUUCGAAAAACAAACGAAUGAAUUCGCGAACAAUUUCAGAAAUACAGCAAGGCGGGAGAGAGAUAUUGCUUCAGAGCUCCUCAUCUAAUGGAUUAUUCCCAGGCCAGCUUGAUGAGAAUAGAAGACCUGUUAGAUUUGAGAGUGAGGCUAAUUUGGAUUCCUUCUGGUCUGCAACAUUCGAAUUGCCAUAUGUCUUGUUAAAAUACCCACUCCCCCAACCACUGGUCGAAGGGUCUGGAUUGAGUGUCACUGCGAUCACGCCAUCGCCCCGUUUUACGAGUGCCUCACCGCCAACCUCGUUGACGGCCUCGGCAGCGCCUGAGUUCACCCAAGAAUUGAUCAAAACUGGAAAGACAUCAACGCCUUGCUCGGGGAGCCUUACUCGCUGGGAGAGUCCGCUGAUGAAGCAUGGGGUACUAUUCACCAAUGCCAUUGACCACGAAAAAAUUGUGGAAAUACCAGAUGAGUGGCUGUAUAACGAACCGAGAUUUUUCAGUUUCCGUACUCCUUUAUCUCUAAAAAUCAUUGAUGAGUUUUAUAAACAGAUUCGCGAAAUGCAUAAUGAAAACCUCAACCAUACUGAAGCCCCCUCAAUGACAAACAUCAAACGCGGAUUACAAAAGGAGGUCAAAGAAAAAAAAUCUUCGAAAACUAGUAAAAAUGCAAUUCGCAGAAAUGAUAAUGGCCUAUAUGCUAUGAAAGUGCUGCAUGAGGCAGCUAUGGCAACUUACAAGGCGCGCGAAGGCGAGCCGAUGGGUCACAUCAUCGACGUGCCAAGGGUUAGGCGUUGCAAAGAGAUGAACGAAUACCAUUCAAUUCAAAUCUCAUCAAGCGCUUUUUUACUCGCUCAUAUCAACAAAGAACGCACACCAACGAUCGCAAAGAAAAGGAUUUUCCACUUUUGCCGAGCCAGCUGGAAUAUCGCCGCCAUAUGCUACCUUGCUUCGUCAGAGCGGGACGAGAUAUCGUGCUUCUUCGACCGACACGCAUCAUUAAGCCCAUAUUUCUUUGAAGACACGAUCGGGACGCUCAAUAAAUGGGUGACUGAGCUACACUUGUCCUUUCAUCAGAUUUUGUCCCCCGAGAAAUCCUCCCACUUGAUCAGGAGUAUCCUUGAUCCAGAAAGAAGAGACACUAUUCCUAAGCCAAAAUUAAUCCAAUUUCCCCACUCUGGACCGAAAGGAGCCCAAAGAGUCACUAAGUGCCUAAGCCGAGCUGUUAUUAGUCUUAGAUUUGACGGAGAUCUUCUCGACCGCUACUGGACGCGCCACUUAAUUGAAUACCGACCACAACAGACGGAGGACCCAAAGGAAAUAUUAUUUGAUAUUCCUUCGCAGCCAGUUAGUGGGGCGUUGAAAUAUAACUCCUGGAGACAGCGCAGAGUCUUGGAACUUCUUUUGUUCGACAAGGCUGUACGGGAGAUGCUGAGAUGUACGGGGGAAAUUCUUGAAGAAGCGAAGGGCAUAUUGAGAGCGGCUAAAGACAUUGGAGAAAGUAACUGGGGUCAUCACACUGCGGGAUCUCAUCCAAAGUUCUCAGAAAACACACAUAUUCAAAUCAUGAAAGCCAGCAGGGACGGUCUCCUUUCCAACAAUUCUCUGUAUAAAAUCCAAGAAGUUCUCCAGGAGGUGGAAGAUGAUUUGGGCGAAAACUUGGCAAAGAUGCAGCUCUGGAAACGUCGACAAGAUCGUGGGCUUGACAGGCCGAGAUGGACUCUGAAGGAUGAAUAUCGUUACGGGGGCGCCAUAUCGAGACUUCAAGCAUCAAAUGACUUCUACAUGGAAGAGCUUGUCCGCUGCCGAGCCAAGAUACUGGCGUUUAAUUCACAACUGACAAGGGAAAUCGAUGCUGCCGCAGUGACUGGGAGAUGCGCACUACUAAUAACCCUUGCCACCGGUAUAUUUAGCAUGAGUGAGACUCCUUCAGCACCCAUGAUAUACCGUGUUGUGGUCACCGCAGUUGUCGCUCUAUUUCUGACUGUAAUUGCAUUGAUCAACGCCAAAGAUCUUGAAAGAAUGCUACAAUAUGUUCGACAUACGAUACGGCACUUCCGGCAUCAAUUAUCCCAUCUUACUGAUGCCUCAAAGCAAUUCACUGUCGACAAAAUGGAACAUUUCUCCGAAACAAUACUCGAAUCUGCAUUUUCCACCAUUAUCGCUGUUCUCGAUAUGUUGAACAUGAUGUACAGGCCGCCGGAUGAACCCCGUCUCUUAAUGCAAACUGUGACAGCACCACCUACAUCAGGCGUUCUACAUUCUGCGUAUCGAGAAGUGAUUUACUAUUAUAUCUACCAUAUCUCGCGCUAUCUAUAUUAUCCUCUCAGAAGGUAUUUAUUGACAGCAUUGCCGGGUGCGAAUAUAGAAGAUCCCGUGAGCGAAUCGAGCCUUGGUAAUAUCCCCCCAAUUAAACAAGCCCGUGCCGACUUUGAAAAGUCAUCCGACGCUGCAAGGGUUCCGGACAGACGCUUUGAACAUUUAUUUGACAAUAUAGGUCGGAGGAAAACCGGUAAUCUGUUCAAGAUUUGGCAAGAGAAUUUGAAGGCAAAAAGAGGAACUGCCCACCUCCACGACUGGGAAGAAUACCAUUUCGCCCUAAUAAAUUCCGAAAUAAGUCCUUCAUAG